UGAGGGGUCAGUCUGCCAUCAGGCGCCGGACGGGAAGGGUGUGCGCGCGUGGGUCUCCCGGGGACAGUGCCAAACAUGCGGUGCCACGUGUUUUGAGAGUGCCACGUGCUGCCGCUGAGUGCCACGCCCCCCCGCAAGCAUGGCCAGGCACUGCACGGGUCCAGGAGGCGCCCGUACCCGCCGUAAAGUGUGAAAUUACAAGAGGCUUAUACGAAGAGAGAGAGAGAGAGAGAGAGAGAGAGAGGGUGAGAUAAAGAAAGAAAAAGUAAGAAAAUUAAAAAGAUACAGUGAAGGGCUUACGAUACAUGUGUGUGCGUGCGUGUGUGCGUGUGCGUGUGCGUGUGUGUGCGUGCGUGUGUGCGUGCGGACCGGAGAACAACAAUAACAACAAAUAAAGAAAAAAUAAAAGAAAAAAAUAAGAAAAAAAAACAAAAUUAGGAAAAAAAACAACAAAUAUGUGCACCAGUUUACGUACACAGCCCAUGUGCGUGUGAGGGAGACGCACACACACACACAGACACGUACACACGAACACAAAACCCGUGUGCGUCUGUGUGUACCGCUGUGUGUACGGUGAGAUAAACGUACAUACACACACACACACAUAAAUAAAGAGGGGGGCUGGAAAAUAGACCCCCGAAUUUUUAUAGGCCUAUUUUUUGAGCCUACAAGAAAAAUAAUUGAAAAAAAAGAAAAAAAGGAAGAUUUUUUAAUAUUUUUUAGUGAAAGAAACGAAAAAAAAAUUGAAAAUAAAAAACUAUUGAUUUUUUUUUUUGGGGGGAAAAUAUAAAAUAAAUGAAAUAUUUUAUAAUUAACAUGUAAACAAAUUGUUGUGUGUGUGAGUUUGUGUGUGUUCGUGUUUGUGUGUGUGUUUGUGUGUGUGUGUAUGUGUUUGUUUGCUGUGUUAAAUAAAAUAAAGUGAUCAAAAUAAGAAAAAGAAAGAAAAAAGAGAGAAAAUAAAGAAAGAAGGAAGAGAGCGAGAGAAAAGGAAAUAGAGAAGGAAGAAGAGAAGAAGAAAAAAACGAAAACACGAGAGAAAGAAGAAGAAGAGAAAAUAACCAAGAGAGAGAGAGAGAGAGAGAGAGAGAGAGAGAGAGAGAGAGAGAGAGAGAGAGAGACAUACCACCUCUAUCUCUCCACCUCCUCCUCCUCCUACUCCUCCGCCAUCAUCACCUUGCCUUCCUCCUCCUCCUCCUCCUCCUCCUCCUCCACCUGGUGCUUCCGACAAGAUGUGGAGGCCGGGUAGGGUGGUGGUGGUGCUGGUGGUGGUGGUGGUGGAGGUGGUACUGCUGGCCAGGGUGUCUACAGCUACAAAAAUGCAUUAUAUUCACUGGAACACUUCAAAUCCUAUCUUCCGCAUUGACAACACAGAUCACAUUAUUGACGUAAACAAGGGGAAUGUACCCUUUGAAUACGACCAAGUCAACAUAAUAUGCCCAGUCUACACUCAAGAUACCACACAAGAUGAUGCUGAAAAGUACAUCAUUUAUAACGUGAGCAAAGAAGAGUACGACACCUGCCGCAUCACCAACCCGUCGCCUCGUGUCAUUGCGGUGUGUGACAAGCCCUACAAGUUGAUGUACUUCACCAUCACCUUUCGCUCCUUCACUCCUCAGCCGGGCGGACUUGAGUUUCGACCAGGCCAGGAUUACUACUUCAUUUCCACCAGCAGCAAAGACGACCUGCACAGACGGAUUGGGGGUCGCUGCUCCACCCAUCACAUGAAGGUGGUGUUCAAAGUGUGCUGUGACCCCGCCUCCCAGCCCGCCCGUGACCAGGCCAACAACCACCUGCCAGCCAGCGGCCCCUCCACUACGCGGGGCACCACCACCACCACCACCACAACCUCCUCCACCUCUUCCUCCUCCUCCACCAAGCCCUCCACCACCACCACAACCCCCAAGACCACCUCCACCACCUCCUCCUCCUCCACCUCCCCCUCCUCCACUAGCACCGCCUCCACUAAGACAGUUUCCCACAAGGGGUCUCAACAAAAUGGAAAAUCGACUCACAAAAAAACAGACACCCACCAGCCAGACCGCAGCGAGAACGAGGUGGUGAAGAACGAGGAACUGACCUUGAACAGCGGGCCAUCCACCACCACCACCACCACCACCGGCGUCCUGUUGCUGCUGUGCCUGUUGCUGUCUGGCCUGUCCUUGCUGCACACCCCCCUACCCCCACACCACCACCACCACCACAGCUCUCCACCACAGCCCUCCAGUCCCCCGCCAUGCCCUCACAGCCACAGCGACGCGGAGGAGAGUGGAGAGGUCUGUUCCGCUGUGGUAGACUCCUCCACCUCAGUUUCCUCCGCCUUGAGUGAGGGGCACAGCAGUUUCCUUCAGUUUCUCUCUCCCUCUUAAGAAUAUUUGAAGCAGAGGUGGAGGGAAAAGUAUAUGUGAUGUUUUGAAGGAGAGAGAGAGAGAGAGAGAGAGAGAGAGAGAGAGAGAGAGAGAGAGAGAGAGAGAGAGAGAGAGAGAGAGAGAGAGAGACACGG